CUAGCCAACUCGUCUGAAACGCCAACACGUCACUUCCGGUUUAACACCAGCGCCAAAUUUGAAGCGCAGCAAGCAUGAGCUCCGAGUCCAGCGACAGCGAGGACCUGCCCCGCCUACCCUUCCUGGCCUCCUCCUCCACCGCAGCAGCCCGGCGCCCCGUCGCAGCGCAGACGAUCAGCAGCAGCGACAGCGAGCAGGAGGUGGAGGAGCUCCCUCUGUUCCGGCGAUUGGCUGCCCCGCCGUCACGUGCCGCCCCAGCUCCGCGAGGGCACUCAGCCCGCCCACCCGGGUCACGUGGGGCUAAGAGAGGCGGCGGAGGCGGCGCCCCCUCCUCCAGAGCUCCUCCGACCAAGAGCGCAGCGUCACGUGACCCCGCCGGAGCGCCUCAGUCCAAGAAAGCCAAGAAAUGUCCAGAGAGCCUAGAAGUGCACAUAGACGCCGGUCUCUUGCAGGACGGCUCUGGAGGAGGACAAGUGCUGAACGCUCUGCAGGCUCAGGAGUAUAAGUGUGUGAUCCAGUCCCAGCCGGUGGCACGGAGUAUUACCUGGAGCAGGUCCGGGGAAGACGGCAAUGGAGAAGCCUUCUGCCAGGAAGAGGCAGAGAUGUUGGUCCUUGUCCCUGGAGAAGCCUUUAUUUCCAUGGUCCAAGCCAGUAAAACGGAGGCACACUUUACCCAGAGCACGGGCACCUUAAGAGGCUUUGUGUCCCACAUCAUGGCAAGCAAGUCACGUGUCAUCCCCUCACUUGUGAUCAUGGAGAUGGAGAAGUAUUUCAGAGAUCAGAAGACAAAAGGUAAGAAGACCGUCCGAGGAGAAGGGGCGAAAGAAAGGAAACGCAAACAAAAAGAUCUGCAAGAACUGCCCAAACUUAGCAGAGUAGAUGUGGAGGAGACUCUGUUGGUCUUGCAGCUACAAAUGAAUGUCCACGUCUGGUUCCUGGAGACCUGGAAGGAAUUCUCAGACUUUGUCUGCAUGUUUAGCAAAUCUCUAGCGGAGGCUCCAACCAAGAGGCAACGAGACAACACCUCCUUCUCCUUCUACAUGGACGGUGAUUGGGCAGGAGGGGUGCGUGUGGAGAAAUGUGGGAAAGGUCUGCUGGAUGUGUGGAAAAGGCAGAUUCAGCAGUUCAAUAGAGUGGGUGUGGAAGUUGCCAGUGCGGUGGUGGCCGCCUAUCCCUCGCCACAGUUACUGAUAAAAGCCUAUCGCCACUGUCAGACCAACGCAGAGCGACACGGCCUCUUGAGUGAUAUCCUUGUGCGGCGGGGAGAAGGAGUCACGUCUACGUCCCGGCGCGUUGGACCAGAAUUAUCCAAACGGAUCUACCUGCAGUUUACAAGCUUGCAGCCAGAGCUGUCACUUGACUUAUGAUUGCUGCACUUUGCACAUAUUUUACUGUGCCCUUCAGUAUUUCUAUAAUGAGCUUUGUUUAAUAAGGCAAAGAGCACCAUGCAGUAAUCUGUGGCAGCGGACUUUUCAUUGGUUGUCUACACAACAAUCUUAUUGGUUUACAAAGUAGAACAUUGCUUUCUGGCUCCUUUGCCAUACAAAGUGCAGGUACAGCACUCUCAUAUUCCUGAAGGGAACAGCUACCUGCCACCAAUGGCCUCUCAAGGCCGGUCAGGCAGCCGGCGGAUCACAUUUAUAUUGUAACUCCCAAUACUACUCUGGUCAUCUUGUGUCUUCCUUCCCUGAACAUUCAGUGCUUUGUAUCUGGGAAAUGAACCUUGUCAUGGUACACACUGCAGAUUCCUGAUUUGGUAUCAGAUGUAAAUACUGUUGAAUAAAAGUGAAACGUAUUAUUUUGUAGCAAUCGCA